AUGCCUUUACUCAACGAUGUAAUGAAAGAGGCCUUGCGCCUUGUGGAAGAAUGCCCACUGAUCUCCACAGCUACACACACAGACGAGAUUUACAAAAGCUGUUCUCACUCGCCAUCUUUACCCGCAGCGGAUGCGGAAGAAGGAAUCUGGAUGACUAUCAACAAAACACUGGACAACCUGUUUGGGUCUGAUACGGGCAUCAGAAAUAUCCUAAAAGGACCCAAUGGUGUGGCUUUGGCUAUUGAAUGGGUUAACAAGGGACGCGAACAUCCCUCCUGGGAUUCCGCAGAAGAAAAGAACAAAAGAGUCAAUAAAAAAGGAAAGUAUGACUCACAAUCGGACCUGUUGGUGAAGCUCAAAUUCGAGGGGAUUGUUGAGAAAGUCAAGUUCUACUCAAAUACUUAUGUCUAUCUGCUAGCACUUGGAGGACCUAUUCAAAGUGAAUCCCAACUCGCUCCAUCUGCGACAACCCCCUCUAACUCGAAUGGAGUCAAGCACCGAAAUGAUUUGAACCCUGACACCGACGUUGAUGUAGUUACUGAGCCACCUGCUCCAAAGCGAAUCCAACCAGCCCAAACCUCGAAUGAUGCGAUCAUCAUCUCUUCCGAUGACGAGGAAGUCGAGUUAGCCAAAAGUAAUAAGGAUAGUAAAACAGUUCAGAAGACAUCGAAAGGCAAGCUUCUCAGCUGUCACUGCGGUGCUGCUCCAGUUACACUUCGCCGAGGCCAAGUUGAAGGAGCUCAGGCGCACUGGAGCAGUGGGGUGUGUAAGGAUGCUACAUCUGGACUACGAGGCAACCAAAUGUUGACCUCUUUCUUCAAAUCAGACCCGGCUCUCCAACCCGUCAAUAGAAAUCUAGUGGACACCGUAUGUCCGGGUCUUACCAAUGAAACCUGGAUUAGACCACGAGCUACUUGUACGAUUUCACACUUUCUGGAAAGCACCUAUUCUAUCUUUCGAGGUCUUCUCCGCCACGAGGUUCGUAGGGAACUCUUUGGCAAUAUCGUUACCGAGGCAGAUCUCACUGCAUCACAAAAAUCUCAACUGAUUGCAACACUCGAGUCACGAUGCACUUGGGUUGUCAAGCGCACUGGUGAACGCAACACCAUUCACUCAAAAACCUGCUUGGAGGUUUUUCAACGCUCUCGAAGAGAUCCUGUACGACCUUGCAAACCAUGCCUGGAAAUUAAAAACUGCCGAAGUUUGAUUAGAGCUCUCAAGCACAAGUAUGCCACAGGAGACGACAUUAAAUUCACACCUGAAUAUCUCGUAGUUAUUGAUAAGUACUAUCAACUUGUGAAGAAGCACAAGUCUCUUAAAACUCUUCACCAAUCUCUCGCAUCUUCAACCAACGGCGACUUUGGUGAUUUUCUUGAACGUCUGGCAAUCGAUGCCAGAAGAGGCCUUUUCAAGAACCGCGAAGUAGUUAGAGGUUUGAUAAUGGGUUGUGCUGUUAGAGCUGAACGCGAGGAGGCCGGAAAGACACUCCAAGGGAUGCGUAUUGAUGCUCAUCUCUAUGACUGCCUCACAACUCUCGGUGCCAUGAGCAAGAGUGCUCUGAAGCUGGUUACGAAGAACUUUGUUGGGAAGACACUACGAUGUCAGCGGCUGGAUCGGGCCCGAAGUAAGACCGAAAUAUAUGAUGGGAUGACUCAGGCCAAUUUCAAUCGAGCAGGUGCUAUACUCUCCGAACUUGGAUACUCUGGACCUGUUGCUGUCGGCUCAGAUCAGACAGUUUGUGUGCAAACUCUGCGCCAUCAUCGGGGUUUUAUUGUAGGAGCUCAAGGUGGCGAUAUACCAUUCAAUAACCCCAAGGAACUUCAAGACUUGCUCGAAAAAAUCAAGAAGGAAAAGUUACUAUGUUCCAAAAUUCGAGCUUACACUAUCCAAGUUCCUCUUCCGAAUAUCCCAACAUUAGUGGUUGCUCUGUUAGCAAGUCCUUCAGACGAAGGAGCUGAACAAAUUGCCGAACUCCACAACAACGUCAUUCAGAUGAGUUCGGCUGCGGGAAUCAACGUCUUAUCGAUUGGCGCCGACGGCGCCGCAUCUGAACUGGCUGCACAGGCCCAAUUCAAUCAAAUGGCAACUCAAUUUCUAUCUUAUUUAAACACCAAUCUCGAUGUCCAUAUCAAAGUACCUCUUUUUGGUAUUCCACCCCGCCCAGUUGUGACCUUACAGGAUCCUAAGCAUGCUAGGAAGACUGGAGCAAAUCAAUUGCUGUCCGGGUCUCGUCUGAUAACUAUAGGAAAAUAUGUCGUCUCUCUUCAAGAUCUCUCUCAGGUUUUACAAUCCUCAAACAGCCCACUUCUUACAAAAGAUGUUUUUGAUUGUGAUAAACAAGAUGACGGACGAGCUCUACGAACUUUCUGCUCUCAAACUGUCGCUACUACACUAUCGAAACCGGAAUGUGUUGGUCUAACAGUAUACUUGUUUAUUAUCGGCGAACUUUGUGAUGCUUGGUUGAACAAAGCCAUCGGUGUGGUGAGCAAGAGCUCUACUUAA